AUGACUCUUAUCAAUGAUCGAAAAUCGGAAAAAAAGAAGCAUGAUAUGGGCUUUAAAUAUAUGUUUGCCGGAUCGAUAGCUGGCCUAACGUCAAAAACUAUCUUACAACCAUUGGAUGUUGUUAAAGUUCGUUUACAAGUACAAGACGGACGUUCAGCAAACGAAUAUCGCGGUAUAACACAUGCCAUACAAUCUAUACUUCGCAAUGAAGGUUUUUUAGCACUAUUUAGUGGUUUAGCUCCAACAUUAAUUGCUUCAACAAUUCGUAAUGGUGUCUAUUUCUUUAGUUAUAAUCAAUUAAAAGACUUUUUUAAACGACGUCAACUCGUUAAUUUAUCAUAUGAAGAACAGGAAAUAGAAUAUAAACAUGUACAUUUAGGUCCAUUAACUCAUCUUUCAUGUGCUGGUAUGUCCGGUGCAAUGACAACUUUUUUUACAAAUCCAUUUUCCUUGAUAAAAACACGUUUACAACUACAAGGCAAAGAAAUUCAACAACAAUCAAGAAUGUAUACGGGUGUUACGGAUGCAUUUAAUCGCAUUAUUCGUGAAGAAGGUUUUUUUAGUUUAUAUCGUGGAUUGGGUGCAUCAAUUAUAUUAAUCAGUAAUAGUGCUUUACAAUUUAUGUCUUAUGAAGAAUUAAAAAAAUUAGCUAUUUAUUAUGUUGAUGGUGAACAAAAUCUAACAGCUACACAUUAUUUUUUAAUGGGUGGUACGGCUAAAAUAUUUUCAUCGACUUUAACGUAUCCGAUAUCAGUUACGAAAGCGAGAUUAUAUGCUCUAACACCAGAUUAUCAAUUACAAAUGACACAACAAGUGACUGAUACAAAUGUGAAAUUAAUAGUCGACCAUAAAUAUAAAAAUAUGACCGAUGUAUUUCGAUGUACGUGGAAAGAUGAAGGGUGGCGUGGUUUCUACCGUGGACUUGUGCCACAACUGAUUAAAGUUGUACCAAGUUCAGCUAUUACCUUUCUCAUUUAUGAAACUGUUCUCAAAUUUUUCAACACAUCAAGAACGCCUGAUAAUAUCCUCAAGACAUCGAAUAACUGA